AGAAAAAACAAAAGAAAAGAAAACAAACCACCGCCAGGGGGCGUAAUUGGUGCUGGAGUGAGUUUAAUUUUGUAAAUCCCCGCCGGAUAUGCGUUACCGCGGCGUCUAGCUUAGCGGCCUAUGAUUAAAUGCUAGUUUCUGUGUAAUGAUUUCAGCUCCGAGUUGCGUUUUGAAACUGUAUAAUGCGGCGGUACAUGCGUGCACUGAUGCUGUGCAUGGUGUUUGCCGUGUUUUCGGGCUUGUAUGUUUACAGCAGGCUCUUUUACUCGGACGUGUCCGCCAGAAGAAACGGAGCAAAGAAGAUUCUCAUCCCACUGAGAACGUCUGGAGCCAGGCGAGGGGUCACGGAUAAAAACGCACUCUCGUUCAAUUGGUACAUCAUGCGUCAGCAGGCUCAGCAGGAGGCUGCUGGUACCAGGCCUGAACCUCCCAUGCACUUGGCUGUGGUGGCCUGCGGGGAGAGGCUGGAGGAGACGCUCACCAUGAUUAAGUCUGCUGUGCUCUUCAGCGUCAAGCGCCUCCAUCUGCACAUCUUUGCAGACGAUCAGCUUCACGCCGGCUUCAUUGAAGCUUUGGAGUCGUGGCCUGGUUUUAUUCGCUACAGGUUCAGCUACAGAGUCUACUCCAUCAGGUUCCCCAAUGAGAAUGCAGCGGAGUGGAAGAAACUCUUCAAACCCUGCGCUUCACAGCGACUCUUCUUACCUCUCAUCUUAGAGGACGUUGACUCUAUUGUGUAUGUGGACUCAGACAUCCUCUUCCUGCAGCCGGUGGACCUCUUGUGGAGGUUCCUGUCUGACUUUAAUUCUUCUCAGCUGGCUGCUAUGGCUCCAGAGCACGAGGAGCCCCGCAUCGCCUGGUACAAUCGCUUUGCCCGUCACCCGUUCUACGGCAGGACGGGCAUCAACUCAGGGGUCAUGCUCAUGAAUCUGACACGUAUGAGGAGCAUGUUCUUUAAGAAUGACAUGACAUCAGUGGGGCUGCGCUGGGAAGAGCUCCUGAUGCCUCUACUCCAGAAAUAUAAACUGAACAUAACAUGGGGAGACCAGGACCUACUAAAUAUCAUUUUCCACUAUAACCCUGAGUCCUUGCUGGAGUUUCCGUGCCAGUGGAACUAUCGCCCGGAUCACUGCAUCUAUGGCAGCAACUGUGCCUCAGCUGAGGAGGAUGGCAUCUACAUACUCCAUGGAAACAGAGGAGUUUACCACGACUACAAACAGCCUACUUUCAGGGCUGUUUACGAAGCCAUAAAAAAGUACACUUUCGGCACAGACCCAGUGACGUCUUUGUUGGAGCCUUUAGAAGAGGAACUGUUAAAAACGACACACACUUAUUGUGGUAAAUCACACACACUCUUUACGAAGAGACUGAGGAACAGUGUGGCAAAGAUCAACAGGAAAACUCGGGAGCGGUGACGAACCUGAAGGACAAUGACGGGACACGGGCUUUAUGGAUGAUGAGCUUUUGCAAGGAAUUGAAGUCGUACCUGCUGAUCUUGAAAGCCUAAACACAAAAAAAAAAUCUAAUGAGUGAAACUUUGUCAUCAGCUGCUUGAGUUGAGGCAGCUGGGCUAGUCUUAGACUGAGACUAAUGACUGCUCAGCUCUUGUAAACCACCAAGAGUGACGCAAAAGCUCUAAAAUGGACUACAAUGUAGAACAGGCCAGACGGGCUUGUAACAAAGCUCUGAUCUUGGCCGCAAAUUGAAACAAGGACUUCGCUUUUUUUUUCCUUUCAUGAAUUUUUAAAAUUGAGAACAGAAGAUUUUUUUUUUUUUAUUCCAUAUUGGAGAAUUUAUUUUGAACCUUGUGAGCCACAAGAGAAAAUAAUCUCAUCAAAACUGGACAAAAAGGCUUUCUGCAGCGCUCAGUUGGAGAGGCACAUGCACUGGACCACUUUUCUUUUUUGUUCAGCUUCCAGAAACCACUCAGCAGUUAUUUAUGAGAAAGGACCAUGGAAAAAAAAUAAAUGCGUACAAUGUACUGAAAGCGUGUGCCAGUAUACACAUGAUGGAAAUGUGAGUUUAAAAAUGGGGUGAAAUAGCUGUCUAAAUAUAUAUUAGCAUAUAGUUGUGCUGAAAUAAUUCUGGUGAAUGUGCAAAUAAGCUGUGAGCUCUUUCCUGAUGCCAAAGUAUUUGUUUGUUUGUUUUAAAUAGUUUUUGCACUGCUGGGUGGUUUUUUUUUUUUUUUUUUUUUUUUUUGUUUUUAAUUGUUCAAAUUUAAAAUGUUAUAACUGCGAGUGUGUAUGUGAGUGUGACGGUUUUGUGACAGUAAUGUGCGUCAUUGUUUUGUUAUGUUCAAAAUAAAAAUGGAUAAAGAUCAUUUCAGCUUGCGACCACUAGAGGGCAGCAGUUUUUCAUGUGUUCACUAGUGCCUGUAGAAGACGUUUACCCUUUGAUGGGGAGAAUAUCAAGUAAACUGCCAUAAAGCAAUAUUAAAUAACUCAUGAGUCUGGAAUGUAAGUUUCUUGGUAUUAUUUAAUAGGAAGACAAAUUUAAGCAUCUUACGUUACGUUUAAUUUUUAGCCGUAUAAGGCACUUGUCAGCUCUGCCCGUCUCAGUUGAAAAAGUGAUUCCAAGGCUUCUUCGGACAGAUCGAUGGACUUGCCAAUAAUCUAUAAACUGGCCUUCCGAGAUGCUGCACUGGCCCUGCCUCAGUAUCUGAGGUGCUCAUAAAGUGUAAGUGAUGGCCCAAUAAUACAGCUCUAUAGAUGUCUGUCUGUUAUACGGAGAUGAGUUUAUGCUUAUUCCCAUUAGGCGGGGGCAUACAAUUGUCCAUUUAUAGCCUGAGAGGUAGUUUGAUUUAUUGCACCAGAGAUAUCCUUCAUUUAUCACAAUAUAUCCUAGAGCUUAUCAAUUACCUUUAUUGACCUGUGUGCUUAAAUGCAACACGUAACAGUGCCGGGUCCCCAGAGAGACCGAGGGAGAGGGGGAAGACAAUGGCUCGAACCGAGCACCAUCUUGAAAAAUUCAAUAUCGUCCAUCUUCCAAGGUUUCAUUUUCCCGAAACUGCGUGUUUUAUAUCAUAAUAAAUAACUCUGGUUUUAUGUCUUUUUGUGCUCAUCGCGGAUGGGAAGAGAAACUAUUUAAAUAUGUGACCUCCAGUGUUCAGAGUGGUUCGAGUGGAAGAUGCAGAGGGGAAAAAAAUGGGCACAUCGCAAAAUAAUUAGAUGUGUCUGUUUGCGAUGGACAAAAAGAGAAAUAAUGGGGAAGGAGGGGUAAAUCCAGGUAAGGUCGGCCAUUUUUCGCUACUGUCACAGGACAAAAUGUUGAAGAGGAGAGAUGAGUGCACUGCAGGAGGACAGAGAAAAGGUUGAUGGAGUGUGUUGGUGAUGAAAGAAAAGAACGAGGCUGUCAUAGCCAAUACAGCAAUUAGAGCACUUUGUUGCUUCAGAGCUUUAUCUUUUGAAGGUUUUUUUUCUUCUUCUCUUGCUUGACAACAGAGUUGAACCUCAAAAUAGUAUCAUCAAAAGAAACAAAGAGAAGCAGAUUCAGAGAGAAACAUAUUUCAGGUAUAUGGGCUGUCUCAUGGAAGAAACAACACACUGUUUACUAAUUGCAUCUCUUAACCAGCACAAAAGCACAGCAUCCUACAUUUCCCUAAACAUCCGAUGAGCUGUUGGGUUACCCUACGUGCUGGAAGUUGUACUUAUGAGGAUUUAUAGAUAGACGUUAGAUAAAGGUUCACAAGAACAGUCUGCUGUGAAUUAGGCAAAUUUUGCGGCUGAUCUGUUUGCUAUGUGUGGAUGGAGGAAGAGACACUAAAGCCCAUUUCAAACUAGCGCACGUUACCAUGAAUGAAUCUGACUGCAUCUAAAUAUGUUAAUUACAUGUUUGAAUGAGCCGUGUAGGUCACUGUUGGCAUUUACAUCAGUUUCAGGACUUCACAAUUAACGUCUCAUUAAUUGAUACACACGAGAUUCCAGUGAUAGAUGACUCUUGUGUGUCUUUGUGAGUCCCUCAACCCACCAAAAUGCCAUAAACAGCAAUGAGGCUUGUAUUAUUACUAAUCUUGCAUUAACAUGCACAUCUUAUCCAACUGGCAAAGUUUCUUAUUUGCAGCAGCACUGUAAAUUUGUAAAUUUUUGGUAUUGCUAGUUUAAAAGUGAGAGGACUCCCUUUCUAAUAAGCGUGUGUGGAAGUGGGGGUAUAGAACAGCUGUUUUGCACCUAUGGCACUGUGGCUCUCAAUCAGUGUGGGUAUGUCUGAAUGAGGCUUUGAGAAAUGUUAAUGUAAAAAUAAGAUAAAUCUGAAUGACAGACUGAUGAAAAGGGCUUUAGAGUCUGCAGCUGCUGUGAUAUUUCGGUCUUGGACUGUAGUGAUGAAUGACACACCAACACUCAGAGACCUGCGCAAGGCUUCAAAAGUCUGAUGUGAUGUGCCUGCUCAUAUAGGACCACAGAUUAGGAGUCACUUGUGAUCAGAGUUAACCGAAGAAACAAGGACAUCCAGCUUGGAGAAACAUAACAAUGUACACAACUGUUAAUCUUCAGAAGCUUCAGAGUUUAUACGUUUAUUCUGGCAUUUUCACUGAAAAAGAAAUCACAAAAAAUAAAUAGUGAAUAGAGCACUUCUGAAAGUUUUUAAAAGUUCACUGUAGCUCAAACCCCCACCACCGUUAUGGGAUUUAUUUGGUUUUCACUUUUUUUGCCUUACCACUGGUUACUGAAAGUUCAUAAUUAUUCAAUACACUUUAUUAAAGCAAUAUUUAAAUGGCCUGUAUUUGUAUUAGGGCUGCCACAAACGAUUAUUUUGA